AUGUCUUCUGCUAACACUGGCUGUAGCUGUGCUGCUGUCUCUCUGGCUACUGGAGGCUCACUGUCCAGUCAACCAGCCCUUUUACCACAGAGAACAGCCUCAAGACAUCAUAUCCUGGCAACCCUUCAGCUUGUCUGCUACCUUUAUCUUCUUCAAGCUGGAAACAGUGAACUUCUCCUGAACAACCUCUUUGCAAAGAUGCGUUCAAGCAAGAAAAGCUCUCCUUCAGACAGAGCCAGACGCGAGGUCGAGUCUGAAGCCUUCCGUGCUCGUCUGCAGUCAGUCCAGGCUCUGGAAGGUGCAUACCCAGAGUUUGAAGAGAUUGUUCACCAUAACCUCGAGCACAAGUACGACGUGGUCGUCGAGCUCCGCCCCCAAGCACCAGCGUGUGGAAAGUCCGUCGAUCUAGUCAAGCGCAAAAAGGACGGCUACGUCUGUGUUCGCAAGUGUUUCUAUGUCUGGGGGAAGGCGAAGCCCUGGCGGUGGCUCAGGGAGGUCAAAGUCGUGCGUGUCAUGGAUCAUCCCAACGUCGAAAAGUACCUCGAAGCAUCCAUCAGUCCACACAAGGGCGAACUCUUCCUCGAGUACUGUGACCUUGGCAACCUGGCUUACUUCAAACAGUGGAUGGCCUCUGCUGGAAAACCGAUUCCCGAGGCGUUCCUCUGGCAUGUCUUUCGUCAACUCAUCCGUGCUCUCGCCUACAUGCACACUGGGCUCCGCAACGAUAGGGAGAUCGUCAAUGACAACGUUCCAGACAAGAGAAACUGGAACCCGAUCCUGCAUCGCGAUAUCAAACUGGAAAAUAUCUUCAUCAAAUCAUUGGACAUUGCCGGAGAAUACCCCCUCAUCAGACUAGGCGACUUUGGACUCAGUGUCUCCAAGAAAGAUCUGAAGCUCCCGUUUGCUCCAUACGGCUCUGAAGGUUGGAUGGCCCCGGAAUUCCCAAACUGCAGCCCGCGAAGUGACGUUUUCUCUGCUACUACCGUCAUCCAAUGUCUCUCCAUGGUCAACUGGACUGGUGCAAACCCCUAUGGUGGUGUCGAUGAUUCCUACAGUGAUGAUCUGCAGGAAUGUGUUCUCGUUGGGAUGACUCCCGCCAAAGCAGACCGCCCUCGCAUCCGCGAGCUGGCCCGUCUUGUCUACCCAGUCCCUGUCCUCCCGUUUGAAGGCCUCCCAGAUGAGGCAUUCGUCCGCCGCCUCCCGCCCAGGGAGGAGCGGGCGAUCACCCCAUCCCAGAUCUUCCGCCCGUACCAUUAG